AUGGGUCUCUUUGACUUGAACACUGCGGCAGACCCAGACCCAGACUACACUGAUUCAGAGUAUAGUGCUCCUCCUGAAUUGUCUUUAGAUUUUAAGCUGGAAGAUAUGCUGGUUACUGAGAUAUGGAUUCCAAAGUGGAAGUUUUCUUAUGGUUUGGACAUGGUUAAGCUCGUGAAGAAAUUGGGAUUGACUUUGCCUUUCAAUUACCCGGAUGCUGAUUUCACUGAGGCAAUGGAUUCUCCGGAUGCUGAAGAAAUUUUUAUCUCGAAAAUGCUUCAUAAAGCAUGCAUUUCAGUUAAUGAGGAAGGGACAGAAGGAGCUUCAAUAGUUUCUUGUGAUGAAAAUUUGGGAUGUUCAAUGUAUCCCCCUCCUGAGAUACAAUUUGUUGCUGACCAUCCUUUUAUGUUCAUGAUCAAAGAAAAGGGUUCUGGGGCUGUGAUUUUCACUGGAGCUGUUCUUAAUCCCCUCUCUGAUAUUUGA